AUGCUCGUGCAUUCGCGUUUGCAGCCGUCAGCCGGUUUCCCCAACGUAGUCGCAACUUCCGCAGCUACUGUUAUUGCUCCACCACCACCACCACCACCACCACCACCACCACCACCACCACCACCACCACCACCACAGGUGAUGGACGUAACCCCGAUUACAGUUUGGGUGUGAUCUACGUCAGCCCAUGUAAAAACAUUUUCGAAUAAUCCAGCGUAUUUGGAGUUUACAGCAGUAAUUCUAUUUACAUUUGACGUUGAUCUUAUUCGGUCAGACGACAAUGACGCGAGUAUGCAUUCACAUUGUGGUUGAUUGUUUUCAAUAAACUUUUAAAUAACAAAUGUUACCAAAAUGCUGUGAGUAGGACGUUGUAAUUGCAUUGACAUUCGCCGUGUACUAGCCUACGCAAGCACGGGAGUCUGAGUGACGAUUAUUUUAUCGUGUCCUUAAGAUCAUUCCAAAAAGACCACUCACAAACUCACCUCAUCCAAAAAUUCAGUAACACAGGCUGUUGAGAAGAACUGCCUGUCCAGCCUACUGUGCUGACUACUCAAGCAGGAUUUUCCAGACAAUCAGUCUAGAAUCCAUCGCAUGACUACUAGACUAAAUUAACUAAUUUGUGUUUUGGUGGAUAUAGAUAAUUAAUUUGAACCUGGUAGCCAUCUGGUCGACUAAAUCAUCAUCAAUAUGGGUGCGUUGUGACGCUGCUUUUUUGUCUUGGGAAUUCGCAAAUUUCUUGAGGACAAUUGGACUGCAUACGCAAACGACAACGGAGACCAGGUCCAACCGGUCCCAAUUUUUUUCGGUUACACAUUUCCAACAAAAGCGUUCUGUGGUGAACUGAAUUCAUCCUCGAUCUUACCUGAGGAAGAGAUACUAGUGACUCUAUCGGAUAGGCCUCUCCAGCCUGUCUAGCCCUCACACUUGAGGAAUAACAACCCAUUCGUUUUUGCAACCCUCCGUAAGAUAUAUUCCGGUAACUAUUGAGGCGACUUUUCUGCAGAUCCCGCCAGCGCAGUUCGUCUCCUCCAAUCAAAGUAUACUUUGCAGAUUUCCCAUUUCCACCUGGUACACAAUGAGUGCUGAGUUGAACUUUGGUCGAAUAUGAUCAAGAGCACGUAUUUGGAGGCGAUGGCAUUGGAUAGUCAAGCAUAAAGUUUGAAGUGAAACAUUUGCUCAAAAUAAAUACCUUCUUUUUUCAUGUUGGCACUGUUAUUUGACUUACUUUUGUUUUGUUCGUUUUGUUUUUGGCCACACCUCGCACAGUGGCAGAACUAGAGGAGUUGACGCUGGAAGCCCUCCCUCAUUCACCAUACUCACCAAAUCUUGUUCUCCCCGACCACCACUUCAUCCGGAACUUGGGGGCUUUUUUGCUAGAAAAUCAUUUUAAUUCUGACAAUGCGGUAAAUUAUACCUCCAAAAAUUUUAUUCACUCUCGGUUACCAGGCUUUUGCACCACCGGACUGGACGAGGUGUCGCCGAAGUGGAAAAUGUGUAUGAGCAAUAUGGGUGCAUACUUUGAUGACUAAAAUUAUUCCCUGUAUUAAUAAAACAUUAACAGGCUUCUGUCCGUUGCAAGGGCCCCGUGUUCAGUAUCCUAUUCUGCUAAUCAAAUUCAGUAUUCUACGAAGUCAGCUGAUGUUGGAGUUAUUGGGUUUCCUGGUUUGAUUGAGGUAGUUAUUUCAUGUGUCCGUCUGUAUAAUGGCGGUCUCAGAGUUGAACACGGAAAUUUGGACCCCCAGUGGUGCAGGUGACAUUUUCCUAAAUUCCAGGCGGGGUAGAUUUAGCGUUAUGGAUAAUACUGGGGUUGGCAUUGAUGUUAAAGUAAGGAUUACUAUUCGGGUAAGUUAUAAGGUUAAAGAGAGUGUUAUGGUAAUUGUUGGUUUUAGAGUGGAAUUAGGAUACAAGUGUAGUAACUCCCUGUAAACUAACUCGAGACCUGCGCUACUGCUGAGGUUCAUGGCCACGUGUCCGACCAUUGUCAGGAUUGCCGUCCUUGUUAAGAGAAUAUCAUUGGCGGUCCCAGACGGAGGCAUGCCGUCGGUCGAAAGCCUGGCAGACUUUGGAGAUCCGAUGCUCAAUGCCGUCGUCUGUUUUGGUGUUAAAGAAGAGUGUACUACCUGGGUAGGCAAAGUUGUCCGCAUUUUUGCUUUGGGUUCCUUUGGCAUUGCACGAGGGUCAUUGUUUUGUCAAUUGGACGCCGGCUAGAGCAUGACUACCGAUUCAUCCGUAUUGACGGUCGGCCCGAAGUAAACAGAGCAGACGGUGAUGAGCUCCAUGAUUCGUUGCGUAUCCGCUUCAGUCGCAGUGCUGGGUGCAGAGUUGGCCAUAAAUAACAGGCCGGAAAUAGAGGUCAUGGAGAGAGGCACUGGGGUCUGCAUGCGCCGGGUAAUGAGAAUUUGGCUGUCCGACCUGUAGACGACGCUGAUCCAAGAACGCUCAUCAUGGUAUGCAUCAGUUAGCGUGGUGGAGGCUGAAGAGGAUGGCAGCGAGUGCAAUUCACAGGAUCAACGUAAAGUUCACUACUAAUGCCUCUGGGAAUCUUCCACUGUCUGCGAUACGUAGCAUUAUUCCGUCGUGUAGGUUAGAUAACAUGCCAGUAAAACACUGCUGACAUUCGAAUUUCUGGACGGCUUUCCAGUGUUCGUUGUGAUUCGCUGUAUCGAAAGCGCUUUCAAGUCUACAAAUGUAGUAUAGAAGCCGGCCAUCAUUUCGCCACACUUAUCCUCCAGUUGGCUGGCGGUUAGGAUCGUAUCUAUCGUGCUACAGUUUCGAAAAAUCCACAAUGGUAUUUUGAGGGGAGUCCUGGCUCCAGCUGGCCGGUGGGGCGAUUGAGAUGGCUGCAGACGAAGAGUUUCUCUACAUUUUUGAACAGCCGGAUUGCUCUAUGAUCAUCGCAGAGUUGACGGUCCCCAUUCCGCUUUUAGAGAUGGACAAUGGUCGCGGCGUUUCCGAACUGCUGGGACCGGUGAGGAGAGUUGUUAUUCCGAUGGUGAGCAGCGAUGCGAUUGAAUUGGUGCAGCGGCCGUAGACAUUCUUGAUGGCGGCGAAGAAAUUUUCUUCAUCUUUGGGGUUUGUUUAUCCUUGGAUUUUAUUCAAUUUGCUAUCCGUCCACGGAUCCCCCAUUUCCCGCAGUCAGUGCUGCACAAAGCGAAUGAAUUUGAGGAAGGCCGCUCUGUCUACGCCUGUCCGACGGUUGAUGCAGUCAUAUUGCACCCUCUUCUUCUUCUUCUUCUUCUUCAUCAUCAUCAUCUUCUUCUUCUACUUAUUCUUAUUCUUCUGAGAGAGUGCGUUGCUGGUUUCUGCGUCGUCGUUGUCGUCAAACCGAUAACGGCGUUGACAGCAUGUUCGACCGAGGACGCCCAGGGCGGUGGAGUAGACUGCUUUCUGCUGCUGACACCACUGUGUCUCCAAAGCGACGUUGUCGUCCGGAACAUACAGAUUUUCCUGACGCUGAACCAAUUGAAUGCUGAAGUAUAAGCGGUGAGCAGACAAAUUCAACAAAGCAGUGUUAACUUACCUGAUGGUCGCCGAGCAUGCAAUCUACUACGAUGUUGCGGUUGGAGUCUCAUCCUCGAGAGGACGAGCCAGUGAACUGUCCAACCGUCGGCGUCGCAGACCACCUUAGUCAAUAGCUCUUCCCGUCAAUCUGGUCUCCGAAUCAGAAUGUAUUCCAACAGCCACCAGCGUUGAGAUCGAGGGUGAAUCAUGGUAACAAUCUCUCGCAUUGGAAAGUGGAAGGCCGUGGGCUGUGUAGGUUCUAAGAUAGAAGAGACUGUUGUGGUUGAAGCCACCGAGUCCAUGGGGACCCGACGCUUUCUCCCAGGUCGCGUGGCCUGUCCAAGUGCGGGCAUCACUGUCGCCAAGGUCCAUAAUCUUGUCCGCCUUAGGCAUAGUUGCCAUGCGGAUUCUGUGCCGAAGUGAGGGCCGGCCUCUAUACUACCUUUGUUAACUUGUCGACACAGCUGUCGACACAGCGAAUCGCAACGGACACUAAAAAACCCUCCAGAAAUUCGAAUGACAGCAGAAAACUCUAUCCUUGCUCCCUCAUCAUACUUAUAAAUUCAUUUUGCUGACACAGUUACAGGUCAAGGUCACAAGCAGGAGGUCGGACAUUAAGACUUCGAAUGCACGACGGCGAGGUUCACCCUGAUAUCCACAUACCAAAACUACCUCGCACAUGCCCAAAACACCACAACAAUCAACACCACUAGAAGUCACUCUACCAGAGUCUCCAUAAUCAUAAUCAGCAGCAGCAGCAGCAGCAGCAGCAGCAGCAGCAGUAG